AUGAGCAAGGACAAAAAGCAGACCGUGGUUUUGGUUUCCGUUGAGGGGGAAAAGUUUACUGUGGAGCGAAAGAUCGCAGAGAGGUCGCUUUUAUUAAAGAACUACUUGAACGACAUGCAGGACAGUGGGCUUCAAAGUGAGGGUAGUGACUCCGAGGAAGGAGAGGAGGACGAUGAAGAUGAUGAAAUUGUAAUGCCCGUUCCCAACGUCAGGUCCUCGGUUUUACAAAAGGUGAUUGAGUGGGCCGAGCAUCACAAAGACUCUAAUUUUCCUGACGAGAACGACGACGAUGCCCGCAAGACUGCUCCUGCGGAUCCUUGGGAUCGGGAGUUUUUAAAAGUAGAUCAGGAAAUGCUGUACGAAAUCAUGCAGGCUGCCAAUUACCUAAAUAUCAAGCCUCUUUUGGACGCAGGGUGCAAGGUUGUCGCGGAAAUGAUCCGCGGCAGAACUCCCGAGGAAAUCAGGCGAACUUUUAACAUCGUCAACGAUUUUACGCCAGAAGAAGAAGCCGCCAUUCGGCGCGAGAACGAAUGGGCAGAGGAUCGUUGA